AUGACUUGCCAGACCUACUGCUUGUUUGUUCUCUCUGUCAUCGUGAUUUAUUUUGGAUGUUCUGGAAGUGCUCUAUUUCUUAGUCAACUUCAGCAUGACAUAGACAAACUGAAAGCUGACUUUAACGCAAGUAAUUCAGAUGUAGCUGAUGGCAAUCCUGUUUUUAUAGAGAAACUGAAAAACUGGACAGAGAGGAAUGAAAAAAGGAUCAUACUGAGCCAGAUUGUUUCCCUGUACUUGGAAAUGUUAAAGAAAACUGACAUGUCAAAGCCACACAUCAAAAACCUUUCUGAGCAGCUCAGUACUCUGAGAGACACCCUUUCUGAUGACUAUAAGAAGUUCAAAGACCUUGUGGACCUGUCAAACCUUCAGCUGACUGGCUUGAAAAUCCAACGCAAGGCUGUGAGUGAGCUGUUCAGUGUCUUACAGAAACUGCUGGAGACUUCGACUCUCAAAAGGAAAAGGAGCCAGUCUCCAAAGAGAUGCAGAUGUUAA